GUGCAGCUCCACUCCGGGGCUUUGUGCGAGCCGGGCCGAUAGCAUCGGCGGCGGCGGGAGGAGGAGCGGCCGAGGCGCGUGCAGCCCGCCCGCCAGCGCCCGGCAGCCCGGCAGCCCGGGCAGGUGGGAGCCCGCGGGAGGGAGCCGAACCGACGCGAGCGGGAGUCGAGUCCGAGCGGGGCUCGGGCGGAGCGCAGGAGCCUCGCUAGCGGGCGGCCCGUGGGCGGCAGCCGGGCGGGCGGGGCAGGCGCCGGCGGGGCGGCCCCCCAGUAAGAUGUGCGCGGCGCCGCGGGGCGCCCCCUACUCGCUUCGGCGCUCGGGAGCCGGGCGGCUGGGCCAGGCGGCGCCUCGGGGGCUGCAGCGCGCCCGCGCCUAGAGCUGCCGCCCCGGGGAGCCCGCCCGCCACGGCCGCGCCCCGGGCACGCUCGGCGGCGCCCAACGAUGACCGCUCCCUGGCGGCGCCUCCGGAGACUGGUGUGGGAAUACUGGGCCGGGCUCCUCGUGUGCGCCCUUUGGAUCCCGGACUCGCGCGGGAUGCCCCACGUCAUCCGGAUCGGAGGAAUCUUUGAGUAUGCAGACGGUCCCAAUGCCCAGGUCAUGAAUGCCGAGGAGCAUGCCUUUCGAUUUUCUGCCAACAUCAUCAACAGGAACCGGACUCUGCUGCCCAACACUACCUUGACUUAUGACAUCCAGAGGAUUCACUUCCACGAUAGUUUCGAAGCCACCAAGAAGGCCUGUGACCAGCUGGCGCUGGGCGUGGUGGCGAUCUUCGGGCCAUCGCAGGGCUCCUGCACCAAUGCCGUCCAGUCCAUCUGCAAUGCCCUGGAGGUGCCCCACAUCCAGCUGCGCUGGAAGCACCACCCGCUGGACAACAAGGACACCUUCUACGUGAACCUCUAUCCUGACUACGCCUCUCUCAGCCACGCCAUCCUUGACCUGGUUCAGUACCUCAAGUGGCGGUCGGCCACCGUGGUCUAUGAUGACAGUACAGGGCUCAUCCGACUGCAGGAGCUCAUCAUGGCCCCUUCGAGAUACAACAUCCGCCUGAAGAUCCGCCAGCUGCCCCUGGACUCUGACGACUCCCGCCCGCUGCUCAAGGAGAUGAAACGAGGCCGGGAAUUUCGCAUCAUCUUCGACUGCAGCCACACCAUGGCUGCCCAGAUCCUCAAGCAGGCCAUGGCCAUGGGCAUGAUGACCGAGUACUACCACUUCAUCUUCACCACUCUGGAUCUUUAUGCGCUAGACCUGGAGCCCUACCGCUACUCGGGGGUGAACCUGACAGGGUUCCGGAUCCUCAACGUGGACAACCCUCACGUCUCGGCCAUCGUGGAGAAGUGGUCCAUGGAGCGGCUACAGGCAGCCCCCCGGGCUGAGUCCGGGCUGCUGGACGGCGUGAUGAUGACCGACGCAGCCUUGCUGUAUGACGCCGUGCACAUCGUGUCCGUGUGCUACCAGCGGGCACCCCAGAUGACCGUGAACUCCCUGCAGUGCCACCGGCACAAGGCGUGGCGCUUCGGAGGCCGCUUCAUGAAUUUCAUCAAGGAGGCUCAAUGGGAAGGAUUAACUGGACGGAUUGUUUUCAACAAAACCAGUGGCUUGCGAACCGAUUUCGAUCUGGACAUCGUCAGUCUGAAGGAGGACGGCCUGGAGAAGGUUGGGGUAUGGAGUCCUGCCGAGGGGCUCAACAUCACAGAGGUCCCCAAAGGCCGAGGCCCUAACGUCACCGACUCUCUGACCAAUCGGUCACUCGUCGUCACCACAGUGCUGGAGGAGCCCUUCGUCAUGUUCAGGAAGUCUGACAGGACCCUGUUUGGGAACGACCGGUUCGAGGGCUACUGCAUUGACCUGCUCAAGGAACUGGCCCACAUCCUGGGCUUCUCCUACGAGAUCCGGCUGGUGGAGGACGGCAAGUAUGGGGCACAGGACGACAAGGGCCAGUGGAACGGCAUGAUCAAGGAGCUCAUUGACCAUAAGGCGGACCUGGCCGUGGCCCCCCUGACCAUCACCCAUGUGCGCGAGAAGGCCAUUGACUUCUCCAAGCCCUUCAUGACGCUCGGUGUCAGCAUCCUAUACCGCAAGCCCAACGGCACCAACCCCAGUGUCUUCUCCUUCCUCAACCCCCUGUCCCCUGACAUCUGGAUGUAUGUGCUGCUCGCCUACCUGGGUGUCAGCUGUGUCCUCUUUGUCAUCGCCAGGUUCAGCCCUUACGAGUGGUACGAUGCUCACCCCUGCAACUCUGGCUCCGAGGUGGUGGAAAACAACUUCACGCUGCUGAACAGCUUCUGGUUCGGAAUGGGGUCUCUGAUGCAGCAAGGGUCUGAACUGAUGCCCAAAGCCCUGUCCACGCGCAUCAUCGGUGGCAUCUGGUGGUUCUUCACGCUCAUCAUCAUCUCCUCCUACACGGCCAACCUGGCCGCCUUCCUGACUGUGGAGCGCAUGGAAUCGCCCAUCGACUCUGCGGAUGACCUGGCCAAGCAAACCAAAAUCGAGUAUGGGGCCGUCAAGGAUGGGGCCACCAUGACCUUCUUCAAGAAAUCCAAGAUCUCCACCUUCGAGAAGAUGUGGGCCUUCAUGAGCAGCAAGCCCUCGGCGCUGGUGAAGAACAACGAGGAGGGCAUCCAGAGGACGCUGACCGCCGACUACGCGCUGCUCAUGGAGUCCACCACCAUCGAGUACGUCACCCAGCGGAACUGCAACCUCACCCAGAUCGGGGGCCUCAUCGACUCCAAGGGCUACGGCAUCGGCACGCCCAUGGGCUCCCCAUACCGGGACAAGAUCACCAUCGCCAUCCUGCAGCUGCAGGAGGAGGACAAGCUGCACAUCAUGAAGGAGAAGUGGUGGCGGGGCAGCGGCUGCCCCGAGGAGGAGAACAAGGAGGCCAGCGCCCUGGGCAUCCAGAAGAUCGGGGGCAUCUUCAUCGUGCUGGCCGCCGGGCUGGUUCUGUCCGUGCUCGUGGCCGUGGGCGAGUUUGUGUACAAGCUCCGCAAGACAGCAGAGCGAGAGCAGCGUUCCUUCUGCAGCACCGUGGCCGACGAGAUCCGCUUCGCCCUCACCUGCCAACGUCGGGUCAAGCACAAGCCGCCGCCCCCCAUGAUGGUCAAGACCGACGCCGUCAUCAACAUGCACACGUUCAACGACCGCCGGCUUCCGGGCAAGGACAGCAUGACCUGCAGCACAUCACUGGCCCCCGUGUUCCCCUGAGCACCGGUAGGGUGGGGACCGCAGGCCGGAGGGCAGGGUGGAGGAGAGCAAAGGAGGCUGGAAGGAACAUCCCUGUCUUCACACCGGGCUUGGGGGCCGGAACUGCUGCCUGCCUGUUGGGCCAGGAGCCCUCCGCCCUCACCUACCGGGAAACCGGCAGGCCCCCAGGCCAGCUGCUUGAGCUUCAUCUCCUCUUGUUUCUUCUGUGGGUUUCGAAAGCUGCCAGCCGAGACAGCCAAGGCCAAAGGAAGCACACGCCUCUGUCAGGCCACGCCCACCUGCGCCUCCACCUUCCUCCAUAGUCAGCAG